AAGCUUUCGAUUUUAUGUUUUUUGUGUAAAUGGUUCGCGGCGGUGAAUAACUGCUGGGAAGUUGAGGAAGUUGUGUUAGUAGGAUUUGGAGCUAGGCUUUGUAGAUUCCACUGCAUGUUUGAUUGAUUUGUAUUGCGAUGAUGAUGGCGGAUGAGAGCGCUAAGCGUUGAUUUGUAUCCGGGACAUGCUGAGCUACAGAAUUAUUCUGGGGGUAUGCGCUGAGCACUGCAAUAUAUACUCUUAACCGAGUUCCAACCAAGGCGGUUGAAGGAACACCAUACCAGCUAUAGACGGGCAAAUGCCCGGUUCUGUCACACUUAAAGAUUUGGGGCUGUGAGGCUUACGUCAAAUGUCUUAUGACGAAUGGCAAGCUUGACGCCAAGUCUGAUAAGUGUUUCUUCAUGGGAUACCCCAAGGAAACUCGAGGGUAUUCAUUAUAUCACCCUAUCGAUAAGAAGGUAUUCGUUGCUCGCAAUGGUGUCUUCCUCGAGAAGGAAUUUCUCUCCAACGCAACUAGUGGGAGAAAGAUAGAGCUCGAAGAAAUUCAAGACGACGAAGAAACUACCGCGCCGGUUCAGGAACAUGAGCUAGAGGAACAAACCGUUGUACCUCAAAAUGCUCAAGAUACACAAGAACCCCGUAGGUCUAACCGGUUACGCACACAACCUGAAAGGUAUGGAUUCAUCCUAACCUUUGAGGGUGACGUAAUGCUUAUCGACCAGGAUGAGCCGGAGACCUACAUCGAGGCAAUCAGUUGUCCCGAGGCUGAGGAAUGGCGUCAAGCCAUGCAGUCCGAAAUGGAUUCCAUGUACACCAACCAAAUGGCAAACAACAACACAAACAACCUCGCCCUGCGUUCCAUUCUGGAUAAAGAUAAAUUGAACGGAACAAACUUUGUUGACUGGCAACGCAAUCUCUCCAUUGUUCUCCGCAUGGAUGAGAAAGAGUAUGUGCUCGAAAAGCCCAUUCCUCCUGCCCCUCCCGCUAAUGCCCCGAAAGCGGUUAGAGGUGCCUACGAUAAACACGUUAAGGAUGACAACCAGGUUAGCUGUGUCAUGCUGGCUACCAUGAUAACCGAGCUGCAAAAACAGCACGAGGACAUGAAGGCCCACGAGAUGAUCGUGGCCUUGCGGCAGCUAUACCAGGGGCAAUCCAGGCAUGAAUGUUUUCUCGUGAAGAAACUCGGGUUCUCCUUGCAGAAGGAGCUGGCAACGGACCUGAUCCUGCAGUCGCUCCCUGAGCUGUAUAAGGGUUUUGUUAUGAACUACAUGAUGCAUGAUCUUGACAAACCCCUUCCGGAGCUUCUUAAAAUGCUACUGCAGAGGAGAACCUUACUAAGGGCAAGGGUGCUUCCGUCCUUAUGGUCCAAGGCGGAAAGGGGAAGCAGAGAGAAGAAGAGGAUUAAGAUUAAGGCUAGGACGGUCGGAAAGCCUAAAUCAAAGUCCACUUCAUCUGCAACCCAGAAACCCGUAGGAGGAGUUGCAAAGGGCAAAUGUCAUCACUGUGGUAAGGCAGGCCACUGGAGGAGAAACUGCAAGACAUACCUCGCAACCAAGAAGAAUGAAGAAUCUACCAAGGUAUGCAAGUUGCAGCGAUCAAUCUACGGAUUGAAGCAAGCCUCACGGAGUUGGAACAUCCGCUUUCACGAAACUGUCAUCGGCUUUGGUUUUGAAAGAAAUUCGGAUGAAUCUUGUGUAUACAAGAAGGUCAGUGGGAGUGCUAUAGUCUUCCUUGCUCUGUAUGUUGAUGACAUACUGCUCAUAGGAAACGAGAUUCCUACUUUAACCACUAUCAAAACGUGGUUGAGUAAGAGUUUCUCUAUGAAGGACUUGGGAGAUGCCAGUUAUGCACUUGGCAUAAGGAUCUAUAGGGAUAGAUCACGGAAGCUGUUAGGUCUUAGUCAAAAAGCGAAAGAACCUCGGUCUCACCAGAAGACCAAACACAUCGUUAGACGUUAUCACAUCAUACGAGAAAUCGUUGCACGUGGGGACGUUGAGAUUUGCAAGAUAGGUACAGGCGACAAUAUCGCGGAUUCGUUGACAAAGGCUUUGGGAAAGCCUAAACAAGAAUGUCAUACGUGGUCCAUGGGCAUUCGAGAAAUGCUUGAUUGGCCUUAGGGCAAGUGGGAGAUUGUUGUAUUUAGGUACCCUCGCGGCAAUCAAAUACCUAUGUAACUGUACACUUUAUCAUGAAUGAAAGGCUCUGAAGUAU